AUGUCCAGCUGGUUUGGAGGGAGUCAUGGCAACAACAGGAACAGCAACAACGACAACGACAACGACAACCAGAGCAGCACCAGCACUCAUAACCCUACAAACUAUCGUCUGAAGGUGACUGCAGGAUCAGAAUACGAUGUCAAAACACACCAGCUCGUUCCUGUUAACGCAGACGAAACCUUACGCAUUGAAAGCGAGCAUGCCGUGAUUCAUCUCUGCGUGCGUAUCCGCGACUACACAGGCCUACCAAAUGGCUCACCCGCGACAAACAAAUACUUCUCGCACCCCCUUCACCAAAACGAUCAAUACUCCAUCUGCUUUAGCUUCACACCCAAACACGAUAUCAACGGCAACAACCUCGUCUUUGGCAACGACUUUAGUCGACCUAUUCGUGAUAGCAUACCGCCCGGUUUCAGCACGGCCUUGCGGAUUGUGAAAUGGGCCAUCGAUCCUGCUCUAGAUGGGGAUCCGUAUGCCGACAAGCCGUAUUUGUAUAGUCCCGGUCUUGCGUCGUGGAAUUACUUUCGUAUCGGCGAUAAAGUUCAGCAUAGCGACAACAAGCACAAAGAAACGUCAUCCAUGAAUGUGCAUGACCUCGUGGUCGAGGAAGGAGCCGACGGUAGCGGAGAGCAGACUAGAAGCGAGAAAUUCCAAAUCCCCAGUGACUCAGCUCAGAGGAGAAAGCAUUUUCUGGAUGAGAAUAUUCGACAGGAAUUCAUUUUUGAGAAGGACAGACAGUACCUGGUCGAUUUUGGAAAUCCAUAUUUAGGGUUCAAUGGUGAUUCAUACAUAUUCCUUUCCUCAUUUCUGAUCCCAGUAUCGAACAAAGCUAACGCAGCAGAUUGCCCUCGCAAAACAGAUUUUACACUUCGCCUUCCCGGGUUUCACCUUCACGUGGCCGAGUAUAUUGACGCGAAGAAGCAUAAAUUACGAUACACGCUCAAAGACAGGAAAACAGACCAGACUUACCUGGUAGUCCUACUUACGCUGUUGGUGCGUGGUUCCGAAGAGGAGGUUCGUGAGCGAGAUGAUUCGUCCAGUGAGAGGGGCAGUAGUCGAGAGUCGUCAUUAGAAAGAGAUGAUAAGCAUGGUCACUCGCAUCAAGAAGGGCGACAGGGUGAUGUAGAUUGA